AUGCCUUCUACUCCCGGAACCUGGACUAACCUCUUUGCUGACGAUACCAUGUUUAUGGCAACCAGCAUGGGCAUGCAGCAUGCAGUGAACAAACUCCAGGCACAAAUCGACGUCACCCUUCCUUGGCUUCAAAAAUGGAAGCUGACUCUGAACACCGACAAAACCCUGGCAAUAAAGUUCGGGAGAAGAGGUCUUAAAAAUACGACACAACUAAAAAUCUACGACCAGGAGAUCAGCUGGAAACCUGUGGUAAAAUACCUCGGAGUCUACCUCGACAGUGGACUUCGAUUCAACCGGCACGUCACGGAAACCACGCAAAAAGCGAGACGCACUCGAGCCGCACUAUACCCCGUGCUCAACCGGCUGAGUCCGAUCCCAGUUCGAACGAAGCUCAACAUACACCAGAUGUACGUCAAAACCAUAAUCACAUACGCCGGUCCAGCAUGGGGUGCACUUAUAUCAACUGCAAACUGGAGACGGCUGGAAGCAGUACAAAGCAUAGCCCUCAGAACAAUCACUGGCUCGCCCUGGUUUGUCCGGAACACCGUCAUUUCAAAAUCCAGCCAAAUUCCAUCGAUCCAAACAACCAUCACUCAAAAUUCAAAAAACAUGUUCGUCAAACUCCAACAAUCCCACUACAACCACCUACAAAGCAUAGGCAAAACGAUCGGCCCACCAGAACUCAACAGAAACAGACCCGGUGAACUGACCAGGCGCACAUAA